AUGCUGCCCUCGAGCCCGUCUAGUAGACGGACUGCUUGCAGGGCCUUCCGACCAGUGACACCGCGAGAGCAAACAUCCUCCGUUUGGGAGCUAGGAAAUGUUCCUAUUGCCCGCGGUUUCUACAAAUCUGAUCAGGACGAGGAGCUCGCUGGCAGAGACUUGCCUCAGAUACAACCCGCAUCCUCUGGUUUCAAUAUCUCCAAUAUUGGAACCCCAUUUCCACCAGCAGCUGCUCAAUUGCGCCCACGCUUCAAUUUAUUAUCACUGAAAAGACCCCCGAACUUCUGCCAGAAUUCCCAUCGAAACGACAACGUUUGCAAAAUUGAGAAUGGUUCAUCUGGUUACAGUUGCUUGGCGAAGAAGGCAAUUUUCAAGGAACUCGCACGUCGAGAGAAGGGUGGAGGUCAUUGA